GCAGUAGCUUGUUUUCCUCUAAUGAUAGCGCUGGCCUAAAUUUUCUGUUGUCUUCUCCAUUCAACUAGCCAGAGUCCUGGACGAAAGUAGCGCUAGUCUUUAUCAAAACGUAUAAAAGUAAAGAUGAAUAUAAACACAAACGUACUCGGCGGUCUCGGGCUUGAAAAAAGUGAGGAUUGUAAACCAAAUUUAUUUGAAUGGCUGAAAGAAGUACAAGGAGUUCAUUUUCCAAGGGCUGAAAUGAACAAACUCAUUAUGGACUACCUAAUAACAGAAGGAUUCAAAGAAGCAGCCGAAAAGUUUCGCGGUGAGGCAUCUACAGAGCCGCAUUCAGCAUUUGAUUCAUUAGACGAGAGAUUGAAAAUUCGAGAAGCAGUGCAGUCUGGUAAUAUCGAAGAAGCAGUGACCUUGACCAAUUUUCUGAACCCAGAAAUACUAGACUCAAGAUCCCAUUUAUAUUUUCAUCUGCAACAGCAACAGCUGAUAGAACUUAUACGAGAACGGAAAGUGGAAAAAGCACUCGAGUUUUCUCAAAACGUCAUGGCUGAGUUGAGUCUUGAAAACUCACAGUUCCUAGACGAGCUUGAGAAGACGAUGGCCCUGCUUGCUUAUGAAAACCCUGAAAACUCACCAUUUGCAGAUCUUUUGAAUUUCUCUCAACGACAUAAGGUAGCUAGUGAACUUAAUGCAGCAGUUCUUGAGGCAGACCACCAACAAACAAAUUCAAGACUGGAGAACUUGUUAAAAAUGCUACUCUGGGCUCAAAAUGAGCUUGAUGAGAAGAAAAUCAAGUACCCAAAAAUGAUUGAUGUUGCCAACGGUAUUGUGCAAGAUUCGAAAUAACAUUAAUUUUAUUGCAAAGCUAGAGCUUUAUUGCCUGGCUAUAAUAUUUACAAGUACGAUGGAAAACAAAGUAAAUGUAAAUUGUACCUUGUCAUGUAUAUAUAAACAAUUUGCCACUUUUGCCAUAGGCAGACCCACUAAGAGAGAUACCCAUGGUAGAGGUACAUUACAACUAUGUACAAUGGAAAAUAAAUGUGAAUUGUUUACAGCCUUGUCUUGUACAAUUAAACAAUCUGCUAAAUUUCCCGAAGGGCAGACCAACUAAAAGGGAGCCCAACAUCUCCAGGGGUUCAUUUGAUCUUUAAAACAGUUUUCCUUGAUCAGUUUGUCAAUUAUCUUUGUGUAGGACAAAGAAAACAUGCUUAUGAAAAUCCGUCUUAUAUCUGAAAUGUACCUCUUCUCAUUCUUUAUGAGCCAAAUCAUAUGACUCUUUCUUGAUAGUUUUGCAACAAUAAAAAAAAGAGCCUCUAGCAACUGCACUGCCAUAGGACCCCUUGUUAUUCAUGUUGUACCUGAAUAUAAGUCAGGUACCACAAUUUGUCAGAUACAGAUUGGUAUUAUUGAACAUUUGUGUCAUCUAGGGCUGCUUAUUAAAUACUUUCCUGUUUUAACAUCACAUUUUGCAGCUGGUCGAUUUAAUUUCUUCAAAAUGCCAUGCUCAGUAUUGGUGUUAAAGUUUAUCAAAAACAUUUAAUUUGCAAAAUGUGAAAGAUUGAAGCUGCUUGAAAACUGUACUGAAAGGAAUCAGUUUGUUGCCAGUUAGAAUUUAAGGAACUGUCUCCUCUUAAUGCCCCCGAAAACUGAUGUUUUAAUAUAGUUUUUAUUCACAUAGCUUUUAUGCCUGAGUAUAAAACUGUAUGGAUUAUUGUUUAGGCAUUAUGUAGAAUGGUUUUAUUCCUAAGACUGAUUUUUUCAUCUGAUUUAACUUCAUUUCCUAAGUUUCUUACAACUAAAGAAUGUUACCUUUUUUUGCCAGGUCUUUUAUUGAGCUCUGAUGAAAAGAUUAACAAAAAUUCCCAAAAUCUAAUUUUCAGUUCAUUAAAGAACUGGAAAGUCAAUCCUCCUUUCAAAAGCAAGACCCUUGGCAUUUGGUUUGCUGGUCAAAAACUGGUUGCUUAUUUUCCUAUUUUUAUCAUGUUAUGUAUCUUCUGAUUUCAUUUUUCAUUACACAUCAAAUCAAAUUUUCUACCCUUUAAUGUAUAACUGUUUCAAGUUUAUUAUGCUAUACAAAUGCUUUAACUAGUGGUUUUCAGACUGCCGUUGUAGGACAUAAAAUAUUCAUAAUUAUAAUGUUUAACUUCAACAUGCUUGUUACUAUAUGUAAGUCUGUGGACAAAGAUUAGGUAAGGCACAAAAGAUUCAUUAUUUUGAAGAAUAAAGGUGGUUGCUGUAAACCACUUACCUGUAACUUUUUCCAUAUAUGAAAUUAAAAGCUGAAUAAAUCAUCUUAAAUAGGCCAAAAUGAAAUAUGAAAGUAUUUCAGAAGUAGGAAAAACAUGUGACAUCCCAGUGUGGAAUCCAUGUAGCUUACGCCAGAGAUAUCCGGCGUAGACUAAUGAUGUCCCAUUGUCUUUCUAUUGUUUAUUGGAGUAUGUCCGGUGUAAGCUUCACAUGGAUUCCACCCUGGAUGACAUCUGUAGGUGUUAAACAGACUGAAAAACUCUUGCUUUUUCGUGAAUAUUAAUAGAAAGAAAACAUGAGUUUUUUAACAACUUCUCUGGCAUAAUUUGAUUAUUCUCUCCCUAAAAGCACUAGAUUCGGUUUCAAUUCACUUUAUGCAGAUAUAUUUGUCCAUUGCAAAACAUGGUGAUUUCAAAAACCUUUCAAUAAAGGACACUUGAUGAAAACACCACACCAGUCCUAGUGUGGGAAAGUAAAAUACAAGAAUACAAGUGAAUACACAAUUUAACAACUAGCUAACUAGAAUAAUUUUGGAUAGUUUUCAAACUCUUCUGGAGUAUAUUCACUAAGUCUUUUAGGAAUUCUUGCAGGUCCUUCUAACUUUGCAAAUAUAUUA